UGAGAUGGCGGCGCGCGAGGCGGCGGAGGAGCGGCGCGGGCCCGGCUCUGGAUGAAGGGCUGCCGGAGGCUGCGGGAGCGGCCGCUUCGGCCUCUGGAGCCCCGCGACCCCCGGCGAGGCCUCCCUCCCGGGGCAGGACAGUAUUGGAGCAGCCUACCUAAUGAUCCACCUUCCUGACUCUUCCUAACUUAAAGCCUGGAAUAUAAAAAGUGAUUUAAAUGCCAUAGCAUAUUUGAAAUCAAGCUGUCCUUCCAUGGAGUACUCCUGGCCUGAGGAAAAUGCCACAGGGCUGCCUUCUCUUCUCACCAGGAGGAAGGGUUUCUUACCAUGGCCAUAACACAGUUUCGACUCUUUAAAGUCUGUACUUGCCUGGCAGCAGUGCUUUCUUUCAUUAAAAAGUUAAUAUGCAGGUCUGGAAGAGGGCGAAAGUUAAGUGGAGACCAAAUAACUUUGCCAACCACAGUGGAUUAUUCAUCUGUUCCUAAGCAGCCUGAAGUAGAAGACUGGUCUUCAUGGGAUGAAGAUGCACCUACAAGCGUGAAGAUUGAAGGCGGCAAUGGUAAUGUGGCUACUCAGCAAAAUUCUCUGGAACAAGUGGAACCUGAUUAUUUCAAAGAUAUGACACCAACUAUAAGAAAAACUCAAAAAAUAGUGAUUAAAAAACGGGAGCCUUUAAAUUUUGGGAUUCCAGAGGGAAACACAGGAUUUUCUAGCAGAUUAGCAGCUACGCAAGAUAUUCCUUUUAUUCACCAAUCUCCUGAACUGGGAGACCUGGAUACUUGGCAGGAAAAUACAAAUGCCUGGGAAGAAGAGGAAGAUGCUGCUUGGCAGGCAGAAGAAGUCCUUAGACAACAGAAGAUAGCAGAAAGGGAAAAAAGAGCAGCAGAACAGCAGCGAAAGAAAAUGGAGAAAGAGGCACAAAGGCUAAUGAAAAAGGAACAAAACAAAAUUGGUGUAAAACUGUCAUAACAGAAACCAUGCAGCAAUGGCAGUGCCAGUGAAGAAAGAAUUUCAGCUCCACAACAUACGUAUUGGUAUUGAUUUAACUAUUUGUAGGACUUCAACACACUGCUUGGUUUCAGUGCAUUCUUCAGGUCAUCUUGGAAGCCAGGAUUUUCCCAAAAUAUCUUGAACUACUGGUACGUAGUUCUUAAAGGAGAAAAGCCCCACAGAAAAUCAUGCCUUGAUGGAAUGUUUCCUGCAAUAGUUCUUUUCCAGCACCCUUCUUUGCGGCAAAAGUGAUUGACAAGGGUGUUGAUUGAAAAACACUCUUAAUGAACAGCUCAAGCCUAGAGAAAAGAAUGUAAAUAUUGAGUGGUGGGAAAUCUACCUGUAUUGUCUGUGCUUACCUGAAACAUGUAAUUAAACAGUUUUAAAGAA